AGUUGACUGUUGUUAUCAGUAGUAGUAACACCACAUUGGUUCUGUGGCGAUGGAGGUAUACGUAUCCCGACUCUUACAGCCGUCAGUGAGCGCCAUACACUCUCUGGCGUUCAGUGACAAGGAAGAUCUACUGGCAGUCGGGUUAUCCGAUGGCUCCAUACAGCUACUAUGUGCCAGUACUUGGGCGGUUAAGUGCGUCAUACCCGGGUGUGAAGGAGAAAGGUCAGUGAGACGACUGUGCUUCGUGGAAGGGCGCCUAUUCUCUACUGGAGUGCAUGGACAGGUGAACGAGUGGUCUACUGAUACCGGCAAAGAAAUGGGAUCAUAUCCAUCCAAUGGAGGAGCUAUAUGGGACAUGGCAGUAGAUGAAGAGAAGAAGCUCCUGGCCGUGUCUACUGAAAGCGGCGCCAUACCGAUAUACUCCUUGGGUCCGUCCGGUUCGACUACUCUGACCCGUCUGGGAGAACUCAAGGGGGAGUAUCAGGCAGCUAAGAAGAAGGGUGGUGGUGGUGGUGGUGGCAGUACCCGAGCUCUGUCGGUAUGCUUUGGCAUAGCCAAGGAUGGUGAUACCAGUUAUCGGACAGUAUACGCCGGCAAUGAUAGAGGAAUCAUCAGUGAAUGGCGACUCGAACUGAAGGGAGGGGAUGAUGGUUCUCUUUCUCUCGGCAACACCGUCUGCGUAUCGGACAGCAUGCGUAUCUUGCCACACACUAAUGUUGGUGGUGGUAUAUUGGUGUGGACCCUGAAGGCCUUAUCGAAUGAUAGGAUAGUAUCGGGUGACUCAUCGGGCUGCCUCACGGUUUGGGAUGUGGACAAACACGUUCAACUGCAAAGGAUACGGGAACAUCAGGCGGAUAUCCUCUGUAUGACUGUGAGAAGAAGCUCGGCGAACCACGACUUGGCUAUCUUUACCACUGGCGUCGAUGCCAAAAUAUCCAAGUUCGCUGAGACCACCAAUGGGGAGCUCAGUGUGAAGACUUCAUACUUCGUCAACCGUCGGGACGCCAACGCGAUUUCCCUCCACCCGCAACGGGAGAUUCUGGUCUGCGGUGGUAACGAUGGUCAACUCGUGAUCACUUCCACUAAGGCGCAGUUUACUCCUGUGAAGCUGCCUCAUUUCCACGGCCUAGCAUCCUCACCGGCUGGUGGCGGAGUUGUUCGUUGCAGCAGCUCGCGCAGAUUGGUGCUCACUGUAUGGCGGAACUCAAUGAAGAUAUGGUACAUACCUGAUGGGAAUUCUUCCGCUUCCAUAGCUGGAUCGAGCGAGUCCCUGGACAUGCUUACUAACGGUGUUGGGCUGGAUACUCCUACCCGAAUCAACAAGCCCAUCUGUUUGCAAGAGGUAGCCCUCAGCUCAGCUGCCCAUAUAGUGGCAUCGGACAUGACCAAUGAUGGGGAAGUGAUCGCUUGCUGCACAGCUGAUGGUGGAGUACGUAUUUUCUCCUUCGCUCUGGACGAGCUGGAGCUCUCGAAGUUGGCGGUCGUUGCGGACCUCACUAGUGUCACCGCCUUGUGCCUUGACCAAGUGUCUGAGGGGUCCACGAUUUGCUACGCUGCGGAUAGUGACACUGGGCGUAUUCAGCUUGUGGAUACCGCGGCUUCCCCCGUCGAGCAUAUCCCAUGGGGUUCUCCUUUCCGAGGCGUGGUUACUCGUAUGGCUCUGUCUCCUCUCAUGAAGAACGGCAGUAAGUGUUUGGUGGUGGCGGAUAGUUACGGUGAUGUUCACUGCAUGGGCAUAUCGAGUCGAAGCUCCGAGCCAACAUUCUGCCGAACCUGUUGUUUGCCCUCUCAUCGUCGCAGUAAAAAGGCUAAGCGUCGUAUCGGGGCCAUCGAAAACCGGAGCACUGGGAAGAUCUUUGCCACUUCGAUCACCUUCAGCACGGAUGGAAGUCUAUGCUUCGUCACAAGCAGCAGUUCGAUGCUAUACUGCUUCAAGAUCGGCCCUAAGACAUUCGACCUCCUCUGGCACGUCGAUAUUCGGUCGAAUAUCAACCAAGGUCACCGCCAGCACACUAAAGGAGCCGUGGCGGAAUCCCUCGUUGAGAUCCCCGGACAGAUCUUCCAUACUGUACAAGUGACUUCAGUCGAAGCCAAAACCAAACAGGGCUCACCAACCAGUGUCAAAGUUCUGCUAUUCGCUGACAGCCUAAUAUUAGCUGGCGAUAUCAAGUGCCGUGAGUCCCCUGUUUCAGCUGCCUUCACUGUGGUGAAGAGUCGCUUUUCUGAUGACACCGAGUCGAAACGGUGGAUGGGUUCACAUAUUCUAGGAUGUGCCCAGUUGGACGAGCGAGAUUGGUUGCAUGGUCUCACUGACACCCUUCCGAGUGGAGUUACCGAGGCAGGCACCUCCCCGAAGAAGUAUCGGCGGAGGGCCAACUCGACAGCAUCAGCGGAUGGUAGGGCGAGCGCUGUUGCAGGAGUGGACAGAUCUUUGGUUCUGUGCUCGGUGAUUGACCAGGCCGAUAUUGAUCAACAGCUUCCGCCUGCCUUCGAUCGAAAACGAUUCUACCGUUGAGAUCAUUCAAACGAGUUGUUGCGUCGCUCCGCUUUCCAUCAGAGCUUCUUGCGAGAUGAGCUGUGGUCAUCCUAACCGAAAUAUUACCAACGUAAAAGUCUUCUAUCUUCGAACUGUCGUCGUUUCUCCAUCAUCAUCAUCAUUCGGUUGAUACACUGUAUACGUUAGCCCUCUCGCCCGUCGUUGGUGAUGACGCCUUUCAACCACGUUAUCGAUCUCUGAGGAGACUUGUGCUGUCAAUACUCUUCAAUGAGGCUGUCUAUAGACACUUGUCGAGUGACUUUAGGUUGGCUACGAGGUCUCUGCUAUUACUGGCUUAUUGCCUGAGUUUAUAUCAUCUGUUAUGUGAUGAUUGGUGGUAACAACCAGUCAGUCGAAUCCAUAUAACGUCCGAACAUAUAUGUAUGUCUGUGAUUGCCCGAUAAGGCGAUCAGAAGUUUUUAUCG